AGCUCUCCAGCUGGUUUGACGCAGCCCGAAGAAGUCACCGCACCGCUCCAGCUGUUCCUACCGCUGUCCGCCUGCCGUUUCCCCGCUGCUCUGUGCUGCUGCUGGCUGCCUUCGUUUCCAAUGCAGCAGCGACCAUGACAGGCAUCGCCGCUGCUUCUUUCUUUUCCAACGCUUGCAGGUUCGGGGGUUGCGGACUUCACUUCGACUCUCUGGCUGAGCUCAUCGUGCACAUCGAGGAUAACCACAUCGACACAGACCCCCGUCUUCUGGAGAAGCAGGAGCAGCAGCAGCCGACAUAUGUUGCCCUCAGCUACAUCAACAGGUUCAUGACAGACGCUGCGCGGCGGGAACACGAGGCUGUGAAGAAGAAGGUGCAGCCCAAGUUGUCUCUGGCUCUGACGGGCAAUCUGUCUCGCAGCAGUGUUUCCACUCCGCCUCGCCACACCAGUGGAAACCUCACCCCGCCUGUCACCCCACCCAUCACCCCUUCCUCUUCCUUCCGCAGCAGUACACCUACAGGUAGCGAAUGUGAUGAGGAGGAAGUAGACUUUGAGGAGUCUGACAGUGAUGAGUCGUGGACCACAGAGAGCGCCAUCAGCUCUGAGUCCAUCCUCAGUUCUAUGUGCAUGAACGGAGGAGACGAGAAGCCUUUUGCUUGCCCUGUGCCAGGCUGUAAAAAGAGGUACAAGAAUGUGAACGGGAUCAAGUAUCAUGCCAAGAACGGCCAUCGAACCCAGAUAAGGGUGCGCAAACCCUUCAAGUGCCGGUGCGGAAAGAGCUACAAAACGUCUCAGGGUCUCCGUCACCACACUAUCAACUUCCACCCACCCAUCUCUACUGACAUCAUCCGUAAGAUGCAGCAGUAGAGACUGGUGAGUGACCAGCACUCUCCUUCUCCUUCGGGCCACUUCCCAACCAUCUGAACGCCACCGUCACCAGCAAUGGCUGUUUCUCAUUCCACCCAGUUCCUCUCAUCCUUCAUCGCUCUUGCUGUUUUUCUUAUGACACUAUUUUUGAUUGCAUGGUAUAAAUGUAUUAUUAAUCAUUCUUCAAUUUUUAUUCAGAAUAUUGAAUCUUUAUGUAGUUUUAUAUUUUGCACAUUUAAACUAUCAUUUAUCUAUUUGCCUUUGUUUUAAUUUUUUUUUUUUUGGACAUAUGGUCCUCAUUGACGAUGAGGGGCAUGAUGUAUAGUAGAAGAUGACCACACCAAGUCACAAGUAGCCUUGCAUGUACAGUAGGGCAUCCUGCUUUAAAGGCCUUUAGAGAAACAUGACACAUUACCUUGUCAGUUUCAUUUGAGCCUAAAAAUGUGAGAGCGGCAAAUGAAAAACAAAAUCAGAAUGUGUGUGGUCACGCAACACGAGAAGCUGAAACCUUUGUACAUGUUAAAUUCUCUAUCAGAUUUAAAUGCUGAUAAUAAGCUGUUGGGCUUUGUUACUUUUCCUGUAUAUCAUAAGUAUCUAAAACCUUAUUUCAACUUUUUUUCUCACAAAUCCAUAUGUGUGAGCACCAAAGGAUGAUCUCAGGUGAUGUUUGCAAGCAUUUCACCGCCACAGGGCUGCCCGCAGAGUUCUGAUAGUAUUUGUUUGGUGGGAUCAUGGGAACUCCGCGUGCCAUUGUUACUAAUGUUCCUGGUCACUUUCCUCAAAGAUUUAAGCAGUUUUUUCCCCACUGUUUUACAGUUAGGGAUUUGAAGCACUUUUUGUAACAAGUUGCCAACAAAUCAGCAUUUUUUUUUUGCCAGUAUCUUGUUUCUGGUGUGUGUAUAGUAACGACCAAAACAAGGCAAAAAGACCUUCAGAGAAGAUGUACACCAAACCUCCAGUGUUUCCAGUAUUGUGAGAUUUUUGUUCAUACAGCCGUUACCUUGAAUUGUAAACCAUUCCAAUCUGUGGAGCUCUUUGUAACUCUCCAAUUUGACAGUUCAGACAAAUCCUUCUGAAUGCAGACAGCUCAGUCCUGAUCGUUUGCUGUUCAACACCCCCGUCUUACGAAGCCACGUGAGUGUCUUUGUCGUGGAUAGUAGACAGAGGGGGGGGGGGCUACAUUAGCCACAUAUUCAGCACAUUUAUGUCUUUGUGAGAAACGUGUGCGGCUCCUACUUUGUGCCAUAAUGAUAAUCCCGGAUCAUAAAGUGCCACAAGAUCUAUCAACAUUGAGCCAUUAGGUAACAUCUUCAUUGCAUGGAUGUUAUUGUUAAGGAACUACAGCCCAACUGAGAAUUGUGACAGUGUUGUACUGCCAUUAUGGAGGAAAGUCUUUGAUAUAGUGUACAGUGAAUGUAUUGUAAUGUGUUAAGUGCAUUAAAUUAUAUUUUCAUAUGUUUCUGGAGUU